AUGUCCGACUCAACAUUUUUUACAUCAUUGAUUAGUGGUGCUUGUGCUGGGAUCGCAACAGAUAUAGUGUUUUUCCCCAUUGACACUAUCAAAACAAGAUUACAAGCUAAAGGAGGCUUUUUCGCAAACGGUGGGUACCAUGGUAUUUAUCGUGGGUUAGGAUCGUGUGUUGUUGCGUCAGCACCUCUGGCCUCGUUAUUCUUUAUUACGUAUGAUGCAUUGAAAAGAGAUUUGCAGCCCGUGGUAAGUUCGCCAGGGGUUAGACAUAUGAUUGCAGCAUCUAUGGGGGAGAUUGCUGCAUGUAUAGUUCGUGUUCCCGCUGAGGUGAUUAAGCAACGUACACAGGCAUCUCAUAUGGGUAACCAAACAUCGUGGAGUAAUUUGUUACACAUUUUGAGAAACUCAAACAACGAAGGGGUGUUGAAAGGAUUGUACCGUGGUUGGAAUAGUACCAUAAUGAGAGAGAUCCCAUUCACUGUGAUUCAGUUCCCGUUAUAUGAAUACUUGAAAGUGAAAUGGCCACAGAAUGUACAUCAAGGGUUUAAAGGUGCUGUGUGCGGAAUGAUUGCUGGUGGUGUUGCUGCUGCAUUGACUACACCGCUUGAUGUGAUAAAAACAAGAAUAAUGUUACAUAAAGAUAGAAUAAACACUAGAAGUUUGGUAAAGCAUUUGAUUCGUGAAGAAGGCCUUGUGGUGUUGUUCAAUGGGAUAGUUCCUCGAACUUGUUGGAUAAGUUGUGGCGGCGCUAUAUUCUUGGGCUGUUACGAACUCGUCCACGCGGAAUUGACAAAGAAAUUAUAG